AUGGAACAUUCGAGGGCGAGUUAUGGCCGGAAAGGCAUCAAUAUGUCCAAUAUCAUCGGUGAUCCAUUCGCCUUGGCUACGACCUCUAUCGCAUUGCUCGCAUGGGUAAUUUCCUUUAUCAGUUCUAUCAUCGCACAAAUACAAUCGACGCCCAAGAAUCAAUUCCCUCCCUAUUCGUGGUUCGCCGUUGUUUUCCAGCUUCCCUUAAUAGCUGGAAUAUUCGUUGCAGUUGCAUCCGAUUCUAUCCAGACUUAUCAUGUCGCGAUUGUCGGUUACCUGGCUUGCGGUCUUGUUGCUACCACUUCAUCUGUGAAUGCGCUAGUCUACUCUCCGGAAGGGGCUAGAGAGGCUGCUGCGGCUGGCUUUAUCUUGCUCUCCAUGGUCAACAUUGUAUGGAUCUUCUAUUUCGGGUCUGCGCCAUCUGCCGUUCCGCGCGCGUACCUAGAUUCUUUUGCUCUAGCCAAAGAAUCAACCAACCGACAAACGAUGAAUGGAGGAUAUGGCGGUCGUCCCGAGACGUCUACGUCUGUCCAACCUCCUCAGAUGUACACCUCAGCUCAACUCAAUGGUUUCGAGAACCCAUCGCCUGUCGGUGGUUUCAAUGGCAAUGCUCCGCGUAACUCGGGCGGUGCAUCCGGCUUCCCUGGCCCUAUUAACAAGGCUCCAUCGCCUGCUGCUCAAAAUGAGGCCGAAAUUGCUGCCCCUACUGAAUACCCGUACCGUGCGAAGGCUAUCUACAGCUACGAAGCGAAUCCCGAUGAUGCGAAUGAAAUUUCGUUCUCCAAGCACGAGAUACUCGAAGUCAGUGAUGUAAGCGGACGAUGGUGGCAAGCAAGGAAAGAAAGCGGCGACACAGGUAUAGCACCCAGCAAUUAUCUCAUAUUAUUAUGA